GUGGCCCUCCAUGAACACCAUUUUUCAGGGUUUGAGCUUUUUUUUUCUCUCUUUGUUGGGGGCUGGAGAGUGUAUAAUAACUUACACACGGGGAUAGCUGAUGAGUGAGACCAUAAGAAAGACCUGGAUCCUUUUUGCCAUUCUGAUGGUAGAUGAUGAGACAGGCAACCAUGGAUUUCAGCACUCCAUCUGUAUUUGAUCCACAGAAAGGUGAUUCAUCUGAAGAAGUUGACCUGACCAUGGUUUAUCAGGCAGCAUCUAACGGAGAUGUCAGUGCUCUGACUGCUGUGAUUCGGGAAGACCCUUCCAUCCUAGAAUGCUGUGACAGUGAAGGAUGCACACCCUUAAUGCAUGCGGUUUCUGGACGUCAAGUGGACACAGUGAAGCUGCUGUUGAAGAUGGGAGCCAAUAUUAACACGCAGGACGCUUAUGGCCGCACGAGUCUCUGUCUGGCAACCUAUCUGGGAUGGCUGGAAGGCUGUGUGAGUCUACUCAGAAAUGGUGCCAAGCACAAUAUCCCAGAUAAAAACGGCCGUCUGCCACUGCACGCUGCCACCGCUGAGCCCGAUGUGAGGCUCCUUACAGUCCUGGUGCAACAGUCAAACCUCAACGAGAUUAAUCACCAGGACAAUGAGGGGAUGACAGCACUCCACUGGGCAGCUUUCCACAACCGGCCUCAACACACCCAAAUGCUGCUGAAGAAGGGGGCAGACCCCACCCUUGUGGACAAAGACUUCAAAACAGCUCUCCACUGGGCAGUCCAG